AUGGGUCACGCCGCCGGUCUAAGAGCAGGCACUCGCUAUGCCUUUGCCCGUAAACACCGCCAGAAGGGCAUGGUGCGCCUCAGCACCUUCAUGAAGAAUUACAAGGUCGGCGACAUCGUAGACAUCAAGAACAACGGUGCCCAGCAAAAGGGCAUGGCCCACAAGGUCUACCACGGCAAGACGGGCGUUGUCUACAACGUGACCAAGUCCGCGGUCGGAGUCAUCAUCUACAAGCAGGUCGGCAACCGAUACAUCGAGAAGCGCAUCAACGUCCGUCUCGAGCACAUCAACCACAGCCGCUCCCGCGAGGAGUUCAUCACCCGCGUUAAGAACAACGCCAAGAGACGGCGCGAGGCCAAGGAGAAGGGCGAGACGGUCCAGCUCAAGAGACUGCCGCAGGGCCCCCGUGAGGCGCACACCGUCGAGCUCACCGAUGUGGAGAGUCUGGCCCCCCAGGCGUACGAUACGCACAUCUAG